GUGAAUUUCGCUUGGAAGGAGACAGAAAAAAGGAUUCGAUUUUUCGAAGAACUCCAGUCUCCUGCAGAAGGGCUCCGCACCAAGUCACGGACGAACCAAGAUGGACGGGGCGUGCAUUAGUGCGACCACGGACUGGCCGUAACGAUGGGCAGACGCGACUAACCGCCUCGCUGGCUGACAAGGCGGUCUUCCUGGACGGCGGAGGCAUGGACCAGAUGGGACAGUUGACGGUUGACAGUUGGCAGACAUCUGGCGGGCAUGUGCGGACGUCAAAAUAAGAAGUGCGAGAGGAUCCAAGGAUCGGGUGAAAGACUUUGUGUCGGGAUUGGAUUGACAUUGACUUCUUUCAUCGUCCAAGCUCAAAGAUGUGCCUCAGGACUCAGGCCACCCCGGUCUUUUUUCCGUCGCGUCAAAGUGGGGUUGGUCGCGUGGGACGCGUCUCAACGCGUCUGCGCGCGUGUAGGUAAUGAUACCGUUUGCGGGCGCGAUCUCGCCAGUCAGGGUCCGUGCUACUCGUCUUCCGAUACGCGGUUCCUGGACUAAGGCACUAAGGCCUUGCCCUCUUCGGUAAUCACCUCGUUC